AGCCCUUCAAGAGUUGGCCUGCUACACUGAGAAAAAAUUACUUCUGCUAUCCAAAACACGGUUUGGAUACGGUUCUAAACAGGACCUUUUUAAGUGACUUUGGCCAAGUAUAACCUUGGACAAUCACAAUGCCUUGUUUACCACUCAUGCUAGUACUGAUGCUAGCUUCAGUAUUUGACUCUUACCAUUUGGAGCACGUUGGCCGUUUUGACUGGCAGAAGAGUGUUCGACCAGGGGAGGGUUGCCCUAAAAUGUGUUACCCUGAGAGAUGCCCAGAUGUCAGGCUGCUGCAGGGCUGUCCAGGCGGGCUGGUGCGUGACCAAUGUAGGUGUUGUUGGGAAUGUGGGAACGGUGAGGGGCAACUUUGUGACCCUGAGCUCCACACUGGGUCUACUUUCUAUGGCCGUUGUGCUGAAGGUCUUCGCUGCAGGGCUCCACGCAGUUACAUAGCAGGUGAGCCCAGAGCGAUCUGCGUGUGCAGAAAGCACGAAGCUCUUUGUGGUUCAGAUGGGAAGACAUAUAAGAAUGCAUGCCAAUUGCGGGCGGCCCAACACAAGCAAGGCAAAGGUCAUGUACUGACAAUGGUACACCACGGACCCUGCAAGGCAAAGCCGGUUAUCACUUAUGCUCCCCGUGACAUCAUCACACCCAAAGGAAGUGACGUCAUCUUUUCCUGCGAGGUUUCGUCAUAUCCACUGGCCUCCAUUCUGUGGAGGAAAGAGGGGGAUACUGUUUCUUUUCCUGCUGAUGACUCAAGCACAGCUGUACAGGCCCGUGGAGGCCCUCGGCGGUUUGAGUUGACCGGCUGGCUUCAGAUUCAGGGAGUCGGUCCGAACGAUUCAGGUGUGUACAAAUGUACCGCCAGGAAUUCCUUCGGAGAGGUGUCUGCCUCUGCCAGAUUACAGGUUACACACACAGGCUCUCAGUUGACCAAAGAUCUCCGGCAGAAUGAAAAAGGAGCUUAUAAAAUAUUGGACGAAGAGGAGAACAUAGAUGAUGAAGAUUAUGAGGGCCAGCCAAGUGGAUACAUGUAUUUGUAAGAUAUAGAG